CACUUUUUAUUCCCUUUUUAAAAAAUAAAAAAACUGAAUGUUAAUAAUAGCUUUUUUAUAGUACAAAAUGGAGUUCUGUGUUACAUCUACACUGUAGAAUGAAUGCAGUUUGACACCACCUUCAUUGCCAUGACUCAAUGAAUUCAUGAGAGUUGAAGUUUGGUGAACCACCAGCACUCUUUGCCAAAAAGGACUAAAGAUGUUGUAAAACUACAACUCCCAUGAUUCCAUAGUAUUGAGCCGUAAUAUUUAAAGUGAUGCCAAACUAUAAUAAUUCUACAGUUUAGAUGCAUCUCUUGGCUCUACUCCUUUGUCAUCUCAACACCCACAACAGAUCAUGAGGCUCAACACAAGGCACAGUCCACCCCAACUUCAUUCAGCAGGCUACAUGAACACCAUCAUAAUAAAAGUAACUUUAAAAACUACUCUUGCACCACAAAAGGAGUGAUAUGUAAUAUAAGCUAAAGCUUAAUCACCGAGGAAAUAAAUUAAUUACAAGUCACUCAUUAUCUACAACAAAUGUUUACAUUAUUUGUGGUUGUUUGCUUAUUGUAUUUUUCAGUGGAAAAUUCAUAAGCAUAAGCCAGAAUCAGUCUUAUCACCAGACUCAAUGUUCAGCUGAAUCACCAGCCCACCCAAAAAAUUAAAAGAUGAGGACUCGUACAAGGCACGGUGCAAAAACUGACCUCUGUUGCGUAGUCCAUGACAGAGGAAGAAAUAAGAUCUAUAUCCUCUUCUUAUCUUCACUAAAGCAGACUCACUAAAGGCAACUUGACAUUUAUGCCAGUUCUCUCAAUGGAAAUGGGAUUUUGUGCUAAUUAGAACUCACAAUUGGAUUCAGCUCUAAAAUUUAGGAUGGCAAACAAUGGAAGCCAGAAAAGACCACAGGAAGGAUCAAGACUUAAGGCAAAAGCCCAGUGGCAUUCAUCUCAAUGGGAUGGCUUUGAGAAUCAAGUGUAGACCUUUUGCACAACACAAUUAUAACUUUAUGUUUCCAGUUUAACUGCUAUGGUUGCAGCCUAUGGGAUUCUGUGGUUUGUAGUUGACUAGAGAUCUCUAGCUGAGAAUUCUAAAUAACACCCUCAAAACAGGCAUGAGCAAACUUCAGCCCUUGAGUUGAAGUUUGUGACUUCAACUCCCAGAAAUCCCAGCCAGUUUACCAGAUGUUAAGAAUUGUGAGAGUUAAAGUCCAAAACACCUAGAGGGCCGAAGUCUGCCCAUGCUUGCCCUAAACACUUUGAUGUAGUGGUUUUAGUAUUGGAUUAUGACUUUGAAGACCAAUGUUCAAAUCCCUGCUCAGCCAUGGAAACCUACUAGAUGACCUUGGGCAAGUCAUAAUAUCAGAGUUUCAGAGGAAGCUAAAGGUCAAUGCCCUCUGAACAAAUCCUUCCAAGAAAACCCCAUGAAGGUACAUAAAUCAGAAAUGACUUGAAGACACACAACAACUAUAACAACAACAUCAACACUGAAAAUUCCAGUAUUCCAUAGGAUGGAACCAUGACAUUUAAAGCAGCAUCACAGUGUGAUAUAAGAGUGUGAACGGGACCAAAAAAAGUUCCCUAUCCCAGUUUUAUUUGUUGCUGCAGUCAUCCUGAUGAAUAGAUUGCAUCAGUAACCCAACAGUGUCCAAAACAUUGCUUCAUCUGGUUCUUAUUAUUUUAUAAUCUGGGGUGAUGGCAAACAAUAUACAGCUCAUCAAUCCAAGCUGUGAAAACUAUCUUGCUUAUAAAAAGUAAAAGAAGAAAAACCUCACAUUUUCACCAUAAAUUUGAAAUGAAGACUGCUGCCUCUAGACAGCAAGAAAUCAGACUUGAAAUAACCAUUAGCUCCAAAUAGAGAAGAGCCGAGAGCAGAGAAGAAAUAUUUGUUAAAUUCAUCACUACAGGAACCACUUCGCAAAGUAACAUAGGUGACCAAAAAUAAAAAGAAAAACAUUAUGAUAGGACAACUUCCUUGUUGUUGUUAAUGAUCAUCAAGUCAACUUUGACUUAUGGUGACUCUGUGAAUGAGAAACUUUGGAAGAUCCUCUGUGUAUCUAUUUGAUCUACUUGCUCUCGUGACUUUUACAAAAAGCAUAUCCAGAAGUUAAGAAGAUUGUCCCUUUCCCCAGUACAAAGAUAAAUAGGAGAGGGGGGAAUAAGCUGCUAAAUGUCUAUAUAUUGGUUUUCCAUCAAUCACAUGCAGUGAAUAAGUUUUAAAAGUUGGUAACGCAUUCCUUCUCAACUAUGGAUAUGGACAAGCAAGGUUUUGAACAAAAGAAAUCACUUCAAAGAACAUUUAAUUCAGUUAAUCUCAGAAAUAUCCUUGAUUUCUCAGUGUGACACAUCCCUUUUUGGAGUAAUGUUUAAUAGCAGGAAAAGUAGUGCAACUAUAAAUAUAUGGAGAGGAAAAAAUAUUUUCUCCCAGUGAUCCAUCAAUGGAUCACGGUAAUAGAUGUCCUCAAAAGAACUACAUAAAUCCUGCCUCAGCACAGCUAACUUCAGGUUUAAAUCCUAUUUAGGUCCCUCAUUCAUUCCAGGAUGGUUACAUAAAGGAGACUCUAGUCUAUGACUUUCUCAAUCUAUAGAAAAGUGAUUUUUUAAAUCUUAUUAAAAGACAUCAAUUUCUAACACAUCUUUUGGCUAAAUUUCCAUACUCAUUACAUUCUCCACCAUCGCCACCUCCCUUGUCAAGGGCAUGUGGCAGAAGUUUGUCCACUUGACAAAAACAAACGCUCCUUUCAACCCAUUUUUAUUCCUCUCUGCUCUACUUUGUAAGUGAAUUCUUGCAAAAGAUUAGACUUUUUUCUUCCUGGCUUUUCAUUUACGUAGUUAUGAUAACAUUUUACAAGAAAAGUGUGCCUUCCAAGCUGUCCAGGCCAAAUUUCUGUUCUGGUACAUUCUGUCACUGAAUAAUAGUGUUUCCCUCCCCUCUUCCCCUUCCCAAUCAAGUAUUUUCAUACCAGCAGAUAAAGCAUGUGGGCUAAGAUUUUGGAGACACAUGUUGCUAAAUUCCAGUGAAACCAAAAUGGCUUACCAGGGAGUUUCAGUAAGUCGAAAAUGUUUACUCUUCAUUUUUAUCUUGUGCGCCAUCUUGGAACACUGUAGCUUUGGACAAAGGCUGUGAAAAUGCAUUAAACAGAUAUGUUUGAUGAAUAAAAGUGCAGACCAGAGCAUGGAGAAUUACUGAGCUGGGCUUCAACUUACCAAAUCGAGCCAGGAUCUUGAGAGCAGUCCAAACAAAAGUAACUUUUCAGAACUUCAAAAGACACCUGGCAACACAGCCCUUUUGCCAAGACUUCCCAUGAGGUCUUUAUUUAUUUGCAGGAAUAAGGUACAUAUUGUUUUUUAGAUGUUCUUGGCUGUUUUGUUAUACAUCUUCAAGUCAUUGCCAACCAAUGGCAACCUUUAAAUGAAUCUAUUAUAUAGUUUGCUUGACAUUAUUUGUUCAGAAGAGGGGGGCUACCUUUAUUGCCCACAACCAUCAAAAAGAAAAAGUAGCAUUCUGAGUUGUACAUCUUAGCAAUGAAAAGAAUAGCUCUCAGUAGUCUCCAUGUCAGUAGAGGUAGGUACAUCUGCUGUUGCACUUAAAGGUACCAUCCAGAUACUAAAUCCUUUCUCCAAAACACAUGCAACUUCUUGGAUAGCUCCAUAAGAUUUUGGACUAAACCAGGCAUGGGCAAAGUUUGGCCCUCCGGGUAUUUUGGACUUCAAUUUCCACAAUUCCUAACAGCCGGUGGGAGUUGAAGUCCAAAACACCCAAAGGGCCAAACUUUGACCAUGCCUGGACUAAACCCCAAGUGGAUUUACAAGCAUUCUGAUAUGGGGUCACCAGCUGCCACUGCAUCAAAGCACUAUUCCAGGAAAUGAAACAAACCAUGUUUAACUCCUUCCUGACAAUGGCCAGAUGUGUGGCUUCAUCUGGCAUUGUUUGUCUCUGCUCCGACUGAUUUGCCCAAGAACUGCCAAAUUUUGUCUUGAUGUUUAUAAAACCAAAGAACUGGCUUCAGAUCCCAUCUGGAUUGGAUACAGAAAUAAUUGCAGCAAAACCUCACUCGCCCUUCUUGGCAAUAUAGGGGUGGAAGGGAGUCCUUAUUAACAUUUGCAUCUUUGCAUUCGCAACUCUCCCUGCCAACACCAUUGAUUUCCUUCUGCCAGCAUGUCUGUUCUUGCAACGAUCCAGGAUUUCUUGGACUCUGAUGGAAGGACAUUAUAAGGCUUUCUUUGGUCAUUUGUCUCAAAAUGAUGAAUGCACCAGUCUGCGUGGUAUCUCCCAAUUUUGUUUCCUUGUAAUCUCAUUUGCUUGCAUUAUAUUUCAGAUUUGGCAAAUAAUUCAAUUCUUUAAUUUUUUUUCUGGGGCUUGGGGCAUGGAGCUGGAUUCUAAAUACAAUUAAACACAUUGCUGUUCUUGGCUGUGACCCAAUCCCAUCUAGAAGCCAUUUGGUUCUUCGUUUAUUGGUCUUCCAUCAGAACCAUAGGAAACUGCCUUAUACCAAUUCUGUGUAUUUGUUCAUCUAAAGUAGUAGAGGUAUAUGUCACUGAAAAAAGUAAACGUGUUCCUGGGCAUUACAUCUUUAAUGCAAAAUUUGCUACUAGAGGCAGAAAUACCACAGAAAGAAUAGAGACACCACAAUAAAAGAAAAGCAGUUCAACAUGUUUCAGUAAACAUUUUAUACAAAAGUAACAAUAUGUACAUGUGGAAUGAAACCACCAGUUCUGGUAAGUCUUAUAUAAGCAAGCAAAAACAUUUUGAACCUUUUAGAUACCACUUCAUGAUUUCUUUCAAAUUGCAUCCAGGAAGGGUUUUUUUUUUUCUUUCACCACACUUACUUUUCCUCAUAUUUCUAUUUCAGAAACCAGAAUUUUAGAUCUAUGGCCAAGUGCUUGCAUCAGAGCUACAAUGUAUAUACUUGAGAUUUGUCAGCGCUGUGUUGCUGGCAUGGUAUGUGACCAUAGUAAUUAAUUGCAAAGCCUUUCAAAACAAAUUUGGCAUAAAAAUUGGAUGAGUUGAAGUCCAGCUCAGUAACUUCGCCAUGUUCUGCUGCAACCCAGCACCAAAAACUUGUGUUUCUUCAGCCUUCUGUUGCCAUCUUCCCCAUCUGGAAGUGAAUCUACACUGUAGAAUUACUGCAGUCUGGCACCAUUUUAACCGCCAUGGCUCAAUGCUGUGAAAUCAUGGGACCUGUAGUUUUAAAAGGCCUUUGGUCUUCUCUGCCAAAGAAUGCUGGUGCCUUAUAAAACUACAGCUCCCAUGAUUCCAUAGCAUUGAAGCAUAGCAAUUACAUUGUAAUAAUUCUACAGUGUAUGCACCCCGAGUGUAGUUGUGCACUGGGAGCAAGCACAUUAUGCAAGGAGGUACUGCAUACCUUCUUCCACAAUGCUUUUUAAAAAGUAUUUACUCUGUUGUAACAGGAGGUUUCAAUCUGUAAGUCACCAACAAAAUCCUGACUAAAGAGUCAUCUGAGCCAUUUUCCAGCCAGACGAACACACCCAUCAUUUGUUCCUGCAGUUGCUUUCUCUAACUGCUCCCUGGGUCAGUUUAUGGACACAGUGGGGCUGACACUGCUGUGGCUGGUAGAAUAAAGAAGCUCAUAUUCUACCAUUUAUCAAAGCUGUUUGAAGAGAGAUGGGCAACAUGUUAAAUUGUUAAGAGGGCUGCUCAUGCAAAAAGGACUUUUAACCAUAUGUUAAGAAUGGAUUAACCUUUUAUAUUUGUUUGAGGAUUAGCAACAUUUGGCUUUACACUAAUUUUGUUUCCAGAACAGCACUGUUGGAUUUUUGCUUACAUGAGGUCAUGUAGGAGUGUCAAAAAAGGUGUGCCAAAGUUUUGACCAAUGGAAAUUUUUAGGAGGAAAGAAAUGCUUUCAUAAAUCACUUCCAGCGUGGUCUUUUGGCAUGUCAUAUGCCACCUCUUCACAGCUCUCUUUUUGGUACCAUGUAAGUGAGUAAAGGCCUUUCUGUGCUGAAAUACCAACAAGCCAGAGGUCACAUAAGCAACAUGAUGGAGACAUGUCAGCAUAUAGUCAGUCAGAUCUAGGUGAUUACGUAAAAGCAAAUGCAUCCAUGCCUUUCCUGCGUUAUAAAACAAGGUGGAGAUUGGGUGAGGGCAGUGGUGAAUGUCUCACUAUGGCAAAGCAGGUUUCCAUACUUCUGAAAAGAGGCUGCCAGGAAUUCUACCAUAUUAUUAUUAUUAUUUAUUUAUUACAAAUUUUAAAUGUGUAUGAUUGUUUUAAUAGUAAUAUGUUUAUGUUUUUAUUAUGGUUAUAUUGUAUGUUUCUGUGCUGGUAACUGAAUGCUUUACCUAUGCUGGAAACCGCCCUAAGUCCUUUUGGGUAGAUAGAGUGGUAUACAAAUAAAGUAUUAUUAUCUCAGAGAAGAUUCAAAGUGGCUUAACAUAAAAGCAUCAGCAUACAAUUUAAAAUACACAAAUAUGCAAACAUUAAAACUCGAUUAAAUAUAAAUUGUAUUUAAACAUUCCCAGUUAAAAACCAUUAAAAUAUAAUCAAUAUUAAAAAAACACAGUACCUCCUGAAUUGAUAUUAAAAACCCUUUUUCUUUAAAAGCCUGUAUGAAUAAAAAGGUUUUAGCCUGCUGCUGGAAAGACAAUAGGGAGGGGCCAUUCUGGCUUCACCACCAUGAUCUUCCGAUAUCCCAUUUUUGAGCAAAGUUCUGGGUGGCAUUCCAGCUCCAAAACUUCCAGGUUAAACAGAAUAUCUAGAUCCAUUUCAAUCAGGCUUUUGGCUUUGCUAUAGGAAUAAAGCAGCUUUGAUCACCUUAGUAGAAGACCUGAUAAACUCAAGCUCUCUGGAAGACAUCAACUUCAGUCAACCAAAACUAGGGACUUUAUUUCACCUUACCUUUCCUCUGUUUUAUCUCCAUUUUUGCACCCUGGCAAAACUGAGUCCCACGGAAGCCAUCCCAUGACACACAGCCACUUCCAGUGGCUGCCAAUGGAAAUAAAUCUCGCCGGUGUGCAAAAUCUUGGCUGGUUAUCCCCGAGAACUGAAGAUACAUAAACUACAUCGGGCUAUUACUAUGAUGAUUUCACCUCAGACGUUUGCAGUCACAAGUAAUUCCCCACCAGUGGCCAGCGAGCCCAUCAUGUCUACUAAGAAGCCAGAAUCACAUAUCAUGUCUUCAGAGACCUCUGAUGAAAGUAUUGAAGAAGAGAAUAUCUUGAAGAGAGUUGGCAGUCUGCCUCUGGUUUGCUCUGUUUGUGACUUGGUGUCUUCAAACUACGUCUCUAUGAAAAGAAAAAAUUCCUACCUUCAGACGGUGUGUGAUGGGGCAGAGAAAGGUGUGAAAUCCCUCACUGGAGCUGCAGUCAGCAAGGCACAACCGCUUUUGACUACACUCGAACCCCAACUUGCAACAGCGAACAAGUAUGCUUGUCGAGGCCUAGACACAGUAGAAGAGAAGUUACCUAUUCUUCAACAGACCGCUGAUCAGGUUGUCUCUGAUACCAAAGAGUUGAUGUCUUCUAAAGUCACAGGCGCAAAAAAUGCCGUGAGUCGCAGACUAUCAGGGAUGGUGUGUAUGACCAAAGAUGCCAUGCAGGGUGGUGUGAAGACCACAACAUCCAUGGUGACUGGCAGUAUGAGUAUGGUGAUGGGAACAAAAAUGGGGCAGAUGGCCAAGAACAGCGUGGAAGCGAUAUUGGGCAGGUCCCAUGCCUUUGUGGACCACUACCUCCUUGUUUCUGAUGAAGAUACAAUUGAAGUUAAAAGAUGUCACCAAACAAAAGUAGGGAAUUCCAUGCAGCAUGUACAGGCACAGAUAGAAUGUGAUGGGUAUUUGUCCUGUUUGAUUUCCCUGCUGAACAAAUUCCACCAUGCUGCUUCCAGGCAAUCUCAGCACCAUAUGAGGCAUGUAAGCCUCAACCUCCAAAAAGUACUUGAGAACCACUAUCUGGAAUGGAAGACUUGGCUGAUAACCUUGUACUACACAAUAACACUCCCACUGAGGACCAUCUAUUUGAUCAUCUUGUUUACCAUUGAUGAAUUCUUGGCCACGGUGGUCGAGAAUGUUCCUCAAGCCACUUACAUCCUAGAAGAGCUCCAGUUGGCACUUGCUGCAAUCCGUUGCCUCCAGGAUCUGUGCCAAAGGAUUUUUACCGAAGUUUGGGAAAAAAUGUUGCAGGAGGAGAACCUGAAUUCACUUUUGAACUACAUUGCACAAACCAUUCCAUUUUGUUUCUUAACACGCUAUUGCAAAUUCAGGACCUCUACAGAGAGCACCAUCCGAGCUCUGAAGACCAUGAAGAAGUUGCAAGCAUCCCGAGACAGCCUCCUCAUGCUGAAGGAAUCUGGAAGCGGCUACAUGGCAAUGGCCACCUGAGCCUUGGCUCUUGUUCUGCUGUAGAAGGUGGAAUUGUACAAGAUGUGGGCAACUGACAUUUUAAGGAACUUGGUUCAGGGAUUACAUCCUUGGGCAACAGCAAUCUUGCAAUAAAUUAGUGAAGCUA